CCGCUAGCUCAGCUCCCAGGGCUCUCCAGGACUCUCCAGGACUCAGGGGGGGGUGCUCUACCCUCACAGUAUCCUCUCCUCGCUCCUUGUUGGGGCUCACCUCACUGCCUGAGGCCGGGGAACAUCCAGGGGACAUCUAGGUGACACUCACUCAGCCUCACCCAGGACCUGGGACUUCAGCUCCAGCUCGGCUCUCUAAAACCGGCUCCUCCUCAAAGGCCUUCUGAGCCUGCAACGUGACCCACCCUUCUUCUGUCUGACUAAGAGAGAGAGGGAACUGUCAUUCUAUCUCAGGCCUCAACUCCCAUGCACUGUAUCUGCAGAGAAGCUAGAAGAUAGGAGAAUACCCUAAAGACAGAGACCGGAUGAUUUCAAUUUGUCCUACUGAUAUCGUCAUAAGAGAUAAGACACAGCAGUGAGAGUGUGUGUCUGUGUAUUUCUUAUAACGAGUGUGACACAGACCACUCUGUGUCAGCUGUGUGUUAGAGAAAGAACACACACUGGGGAAGACUUUUCUUGUGGCAUUUGAUGUGCAGAUGUGUGUGUGACAUGCCAGGUGUGUGACUCAUUGUAGUUGUCAGGCAUUGAAUGUGCAUUUGAGACGUGAGUGUGGCCUUAAGUGUGCGAGAGGCUUUGGUUUCCUCUGGAUUUCUCUGGGAUGGAGGGUCAAGGCUACGACCGGUUUGGUGAAGGUGAGCGUGACACCUACCAGAUCGACUACCGCUGUAUCGUUGGUGAUACUGAGCCCGCUAGGCCGCGUCUCUUGCCCCUCGAAGGAGAACACACACACCCCAACGCCAACACCCAUGGAGCCUACACACACACCAACCCUCACGGCCACGAGACGGCCGCGCAGAGAUACAGCGCCACACGCAUCCAAGCCGGAUAUGAACCUGAGAGCAUGGCUGACUAUCUGAUCAGUGGAGGGACAGGGUACGUGCCUGAAGAUGGACUCACGGCUCAGCAGCUCUUCUCUAUCGGGGACGGACUCACAUACAAUGAUUUCCUGAUUCUUCCUGGUUUCAUAGACUUUAACUCGGAUGACGUGGACCUGACUUCAGCUCUGACCAGGAAGAUCACCCUGAAGACUCCUCUAAUCUCGUCUCCUAUGGAUACAGUCACUGAGUCCUCCAUGGCCAUCGCUAUGGCUCUCAUGGGCGGGAUCGGGAUCAUGCACCAUAACUGUACUCCAGAGUUCCAAGCCAACGAGGUCCGCUUGGUCAAGAAAUUUGAGCAGGGUUUCAUCACAGACCCGGUGGUAAUGAGCCCUCACCACACGGUGGGAGACGUGUUCGAAGCCAAGGUCCGCCACGGCUUCUCUGGCAUCCCCGUCACAGAGACAGGAAAGAUGGGAAGCAAGCUGGUGGGUAUCGUCACCUCCCGAGACAUCGACUUCCUUUCCGAGAAAGACCAUGACAAACCCCUGGAAGAGGCCAUGACAAAGAGGGAAGAUUUAGUGGUUGCACCAGCUGGUGUAACACUGAAAGAAGCCAACGAUAUCCUGCAGCGCAGCAAGAAAGGUAAGCUGCCCAUAGUGAAUGACAGUGAUGAGCUGGUGGCCAUCAUAGCGAGGACAGACCUGAAGAAGAACAGAGACUACCCUCUGGCCUCUAAAGACUCCAGGAAGCAGCUGUUGUGUGGAGCUGCCAUUGGAACCAGAGAGGAGGACAAGUACAGACUGGACCUGCUGAUGCAGGCUGGUGUCGACAUGGUGGUGCUGGACUCCUCCCAGGGGAACUCUGUCUAUCAGAUCAACAUGAUCAACUACAUCAAACAGAAAUACCCUGAACUACAGGUGGUGGGAGGAAACGUGGUGACUGCAGCACAGGCUAAGAAUCUGAUAGAUGCGGGUGUGGAUGCUCUGAGGGUGGGGAUGGGCUGUGGCUCCAUCUGCAUCACCCAGGAAGUGAUGGCAUGUGGGCGUCCCCAGGGUACAUCAGUGUACAAGGUGGCAGAGUAUGCCAGGCGUUUCGGUGUGCCUGUCAUCGCAGACGGAGGCAUCCAGACCGUUGGACACGUGGUCAAAGCUCUCGCUCUCGGGGCAUCCACAGUGAUGAUGGGGUCAUUGCUCGCGGCUACCACGGAGGCCCCGGGGGAGUAUUUCUUCUCGGACGGCGUGCGACUAAAGAAGUAUCGCGGGAUGGGCUCCCUUGACGCCAUGGAGAAGAACAGCAGCAGCCAGAAACGCUACUUCAGUGAGGGGGACAAGGUGAAGGUGGCUCAGGGUGUGUCAGGGUCGGUCCAGGAUAAAGGCUCCAUCCAUAAAUUUGCCCCCUAUCUCAUUGCUGGCAUACAACAUGGCUGCCAAGACAUCGGAGCCAAGAGCCUCUGCAUACUGCGGUCCAUGAUGUACUCUGGGGAGCUGAAGUUUGAGAAGAGGACCAUGUCAGCUCAGGUUGAGGGGGGAGUACACGGGCUGCACUCUUAUGAGAAGCGGCUAUACUGAGGGAGGAGCGAGAAGAAGCACACGAGCAGCUCCCAGCGUACCCCCACCAGCAGCCACCAGGCACAACAGAUACAUGUGACCUACCUAUGUGACCUACCUACAACCACUACUCAAUUCAACCAUCACAUAACCUUUUGGCUAUACAUAAGACCGCUGACUCCUCUCUUCUCCUCCCACCCACUAUCUCUCUCUUUCUCUGUGUUGUGUAAGAUGCUUUUGAGGGACCAUAAAGUCACCUCUGACUUGAUUGAUGUUAUGACAUAAUCUACAGGGACUAGGGACUAACGUUCAAUGGUCACAUGUACCUGGGUGAUGGCACAGAGCCAUCAGGCUGUAUAAGGUAUGUAGCGCAUGUAGUACUGUGAACUACUUUACGUACCCUGGAACUCUUUAUACCAGUUUUGGUUGAUCAUGGUCCUUAUGUCUCAGAUGUAUUUGAAUGUACAGUAGUGUUGAUGACCAUAUGGAAUAGCCUAGAGGUCUGUUAGUGUGGCUCUACUGUAGAGAGGACCAAAGCCACGGUAGGCAUUAGCCUUCAAUCAGGGAUAACCACAGCGCCUUAAGACUGCACAUGGAGUCUAUACUGUGGAUAGUGCUGGAAUCUGUUUUUCAUUGGAUUAUCAUCAGUUUGAAGAAAAAAAAAGAAAGAGAACCGCACUUUUUUUCGUGUGAAGUUCACUAAGAUUUGGGGUGUGUUUUCAUUCAUGUUAUGUGUGUUUUCUGAUGACAGAGUGAUUGUACAGUGACUUUGGCCUAGUCUGUGGUGUUAAUAAUAUGAUACGAUGGAUUUGAGUGCAUUCGGAAAGUAUUCAGACACCUUCACUUUCUCCACAUUAUGUUGCGUUACAGCCUUAUU